UCCUUUUUCUCUGCCUUCAUUAUUAGUGUUAAAAAAACUUUGAUCAUCGGAUUGGGUGAAACAUCUAACUCCAAUAAAGAUAAAAAUAAAAAUAUUGAAAGUUUGAUUUGAGAAACAAGUGUUAAAGUUUUCUUGAUCCUCUUCUCUCUCUUUUGAUGGGAGUUACUGUUUCCCGGAAAAUUCACUCUUGCCAUGGCUGCUAAACUGUCAUUCAAGGACUCUCUAAAAGCUCUAGAAGCCGAUAUUCAACACGCUAACACUCUAGCUUUGGAUUACCCGCGGGAGAAGGACGGAGCACGUGUUCAGAUGAGAUUAUCAUACAGUCCAGCUGCUCAGUUUUUUCUUUUCCUUGUACAAUGGACUGAUUGUCACCUCGCUGGUUCCCUCGGCUUGCUCAGAGUCCUUAUCUAUAUGACUUAUGCGGAUGGGAAAACCACAAUGUCGGUUUACGAAAGAAAAGCCAGUAUCAGAGAGUUCUACGCUGUUAUAUUCCCAUCCUUGUUGCAACUACAAAGGGGAAUCACAGACCUCGAAGACCGUAAGCAAAAAGAAGUAUGCAGCAUGCGAUACAGAAAGAAGGACGAGGGCAAAAAAUGUGAGCUCUCCGAGAUUGAGAUGGAGAGGGAAGAAGAAUGUGGAAUCUGUAUGGAGAUGAACAGCUUGGUUGUGCUGCCUAACUGUACUCACUCUCUGUGCAUCAAAUGCUAUCGCGAUUGGAGAGGGAGGUCACUGUCAUGCCCUUUCUGUAGAGACAGCCUUAAGAGAGUGGACUCGGGCGAUCUCUGGAUGUUCUUGGAGAACACUGAUACGGCGAAUCCCUCUGUGAUUGCUAGAGAGAAUCAGAGAAGGUUGUUUGUGUACAUAGAGAAGUUACCACUGGUGGUUCCAGAUCAAGCGUUUGCUUCUUCUCCUUACGAUUCUCAUGUGAGGUGAAAGAAGUAAGAGAGGCGUAAACCGGGUCUGGCGAAUCUUUACAUGUAUCUAUUUAUUAGAAGUUAGCAGAAGUAUUUGUAAUCUUGUCUUUUUAAACUCUGCUUCUUUUACCAUAUUUUCUUGGGAAAGUUCCACUUCCUACAUGCUUUUUGUACAUUUGGUUUGUGGUUCCCAUUACGAACAUAAACCCUUUUCUUCAUGAAGUGUUUUUCACAAUCAAA